CACUCUUCUUCAUCAAGAUCUAAUUUUUAUCACACUAAAGUAAGAGGGGUCCAACACUUUACUAAUCUUUUUUUGUUACUGUGUACAAAAUAGAAAUAUAUUGUGAGAUAAAGCUACAUUCUUUGAAAUAAAGAAGAACAAAUUAAGAUAUUUUUCUGAGAUCUGAAGAAGCUCCAUUUUUUUCACAGGAUAGGGAAAAUUGAGGAAUAAAUUGAAAAUGGGGAAGAAAGGAAGCUGGUUUUCUUCAGUAAAGAAGGCUCUGAGCCCAGAUCCUAAGAAAGGAAGUAAAUCAAAGAAGAAAUGGUUUGGGAAAGAAAAGGAUCCGGUUCCAGAUUCUUCAUCCCUAGUCGCUUCCUCAGUGUCUCCUCCUCGUCCAGUUCCUACAGUAGAAGAGGUCACACUGGUUGAAGUAGAAGAGGAGCAGACAAAACAUCCAUAUUCUGUUGCAGCUUCCACUUCUGCAGCUCCUGAAGCUUCUGCUGCAGCUAACCAGGUUGCUGUGGAGGUUGUUCCGUUAACUAAAGUGACUAAGUUUGCAGGCAAAUCAAAGGAGGAAGCAGCUACAAUCAGGAUUCAGACUGCAUUUCGAGGAUAUCUGGCUAGGAGAGCGUUGAGGGCGUUAAGAGGACUUGUUAGACUCAAAUCACUUGCUGAUGGACCUACUGCAGAACGGCAAACUGCCCAUACUCUAAAAUGCAUGCAAAUGCUUUCCCGUGUGCAAUCUCAGAUUAGUUCCAGAAGGAUCAGGAUGUUGGAAGAGAACCGAGCUCUCCAGAGGCAGCUUAUGCAGAAACAUGCAAAAGAACUCGAGAGUUUGAGGAGAGGGGAGGAAUGGGACGACACUGUGCAAUCAAAAGAACAGGUCGAAGCAAGCUUACUCAAGAAAUAUGAAGCUGCAGUGAGACGUGAAAGAGCACUAGCUUAUUCAUAUUCACAUCAGAAAACCUGGAAGAAGUCAUCAAAAUCUCCCAACUUGUUGUUUAUGGAUCCAACCAAUCCUCAGUGGGGUUGGAGCUGGUUAGAUCGGUGGAUGGGCGCGAAGGAACUCAAAAAUGAUCAAAUGUCCAUUAGAAGUGCCAGUAUGAGUGUUGCCGGAGGAGAAAUUACCAAGGCAUUUGCUCGGCAUCAGCUGAAUUCAGAACUCCCUUCUUCUCCGUCCAGCCAAAAGCAAGGUCACCAAUCUCCUACAACCCCUUUCAAGACAGCCAAUUUAGUCGCAGCCAGAAAAUUAAAAUCGGCAAGAGUAGCUGCAAUAAGUCAAGAUGAUGAUGCACGAAGCAUGAUCAGUGUUCAAUCAGAACGUAACAGGAGGCAUAGCAUCGGGGUAUCAUCUAUAAGAGAUGACGAGAGCUUGGCAAGCUCUUCCUCUGUACCAAGUUAUAUGAUACCUACUAAAUCAGCAAAAGCAAAAACACGGUUGCAAAACCCUUUAGGCAUGGAGAAUGGUACACCAGAAAAGGGAUCAGCAGGGUCUGUCAAGAAACGGCUCUCUUACCCGCCUUCACCGGCCAGACCAAGACGGCACUCAGGCCCACCAAAGUUUGAGAAUACAUCCCUAAACACGUCCAUUGCUGAGGAUAACGUGAACGAGGUCAUCAACUAAUAACUCUUGCCACAAGUAAGAAGCUAUCCUAUUGCCCUACUACAUGAGCUAAAUGCAGAUAAGAAAUAAAGAUCAAAGGGGAAUCACCUUCUCCAUAAAAUUCUUAUUAAUUUGUCGUUGUAUUUGGGCUUACCUUGGAUGGUUCUUGCUCUUAUAUAUUUCUUUUCUUCCACAGUUGUUGAUAAGGUGAGGUUGUGAUAAUAGUGAAUCAUUCUAAAGAAAACAAUUUCCUUUGGUUGUGAUUAUAUAUGCAGUAUGAUUGUUUCCUUCUUAUGUACCCACAUAGUGAAAAGAUUAUUUAUUUAUUCAGUUAAAUAUUCA